AUGACAAAUGACAAACGCAAAAUAGUAUGCAGAAAAAGAGGACCACACCAAUCACAGAUAUUUCGUUUUGAUUUUUUGCAACGCGAAGCUGAACCAACACUUGUGGUUGUUGAAUGUGUAGCGAAGAAGUGGAGGAAGGAGUGGAUGCGUGGUAGUUGUCGAAGUGCUUUCUCUGCUCUACUCGUAUAAGAUAUUUCUUAUUCUUUUCUCGAAGUCAAGUUCAG